CCUGGCUGAACAGGAAAGUAAACAAACUGAAGUGAAACAGAUUUAACAUAUUUCAUACUUCCUAUGACAGUGAAACAUUUAAUUCGAGCAUUACCAUGAAAACACUUUUGAGACUAUAUUUCCGCGGUUGAGAAGACGGGAUUUCACACGAACAAUCUUGUUGGGACCGCUCAAAAUCUAGCUAGCCCAGGCAGUAGCCAGUACUUUCCUAUCUGUAGUGCACAUUUUGCCACGCAGUCUUUCAUUGCCGCAUGACUCAGAAGUUGAUCACAAUAUGGAGCAAAAGCUUGCGGAGUUCAGAGCCCGAAGAAGGGCUGAUGUGGCCGCUAAGAAGAGCGAAUCUUCUGAAAAGCAGCCCAAAACAUCAUCUGACAGUGGCAGCACUUUGAUGUCGGCCAGUUGCCAGUCAUCAACAGCCGAUGCAGACACACAGGAGUUAACAGAAGAUCCAAUCUCAGUUGUCUAUCAGGCUACAAGGACUAAACAUUGGGGGGUAGGCUAAAACUCAAUACUCAAAAUACAAUGGUCCGGUUACCCGGACACAGUUUAAGCCUAGUCCUGGACUAAUAAACACUUUAGUUGGAGAGUCAUUGAGCAUGCUGUCUGGGAAACUGGCCCUAUUUGUCAAGUAGAUGUCAGUUAGUAAUACACUUUGAUUCCAUCUUGUCAAUGUUCGCUAACUUAAUUUCUUCUUUCCCCAACUUUUUAGGAUGACUGGUUGCUGGAGAGCAAUCUGGGUCAAUGGCUUGGUUCGACACGACUGGCUUUCACAAAUCUGACUUUGCUGAAGGUGUUGCUUUGGCUGGUUCUACUUGGGCUGUUCACUGAGCUGGAAUUUGGGUUGCCUUUCUUCCUUAUCUCUCUCUUCUACUGGCUGUAUGAGGGGCUGCGGAACCCAACUGCACGUCAACCAGGAGAACUGAGCGCUUACUCAGUGUUCAACCCAGACUGUCAGCCUCUCCUGGGGGCACUUACAGCAGAGCAGCUAGAGGGAGAGAUGGGCUACAGACCACUGGCCAACAGAUGAGACCCUAAAACAACUGACUUUAAUCUGAAAUUGAAUAGCUAACUGGAAAUGUAUUUAUUUGAAUGGUGCACAUUGCUGAUGUUGAUUUUGAAGUCAAAUGGAGCCUAUUCCAAACUACAAGAUCAUUCACCACUGCUGCACAUUGAUGAUGCUGUGAAAGAACAAACAUCUGCUUGUUAAUUCCAUUAAAAUGUGUGUACUUGAACAUGAUAUUACUGUACUUUGAACACACACACAGAGAGAAAGAAUUUUGACAGUGUGAAAUAUUUUAGAAAAAUAUACUUU